GGGGUGACUUCCUAAAAACACAUUCCCCUUGCCUUCAGCUUGAGUCUUGUGCGCCGCCAGAAACUAUGAAACUUCACAGUUGUGACUGACUCCAGAGCUGCAGACGGACUUAAACCCUCUCUUCUCCAGAGCCGAGCCCACUACUGUGUCCCGCAGAACUUCUACUUUCACUUUCACAGAGCAGGAGCGGCCCCGCAGAAGAACUCGUAGAUUUCCCGGAUGGAACAGGACGUUCUGCUGGCCGGGAGCGUGAACGGAGCCUCCCAGGAUUACGGCUCUCUGUCGGGCAAAGAGCACGGAGGGGCCCCGGGGAGCGGGAGGCGGAGGUCGUGCACCGAGAGGGACGCAGAUGCUGAGGAACUCUACAUCCAGCAAGCUGUGGUAUUAAUCGAGGACGCCAUACAGUACCGCUCCAUCAACCACCGGGUGGAUGCCCGCUCACUCCGCCUGUAUCGAUGGUACUACUCCAGGAUAUGCCAGUGGGGCUUGGGCCUAACCAUCGCGGUGUUAUUGCUGCUGGCGUUCGUGGAGCGGCCGUCCUCCCUCUCCAUCUCCUCGGACCCCCGGCAUCACUCUUCGCCCUGGGAGCCUCCCUGCGGCCUCACCGAAAGCAUCGAGAUGGUCUGCCUCCUCAUCUUCUCUCUUGACCUUGCCGUUAAGGGCUACUUGAUCGGCUGGGAGGAAUUCAGAAAGAGCAAAUGGCUAAUCGGCUACACUGUAGUCCUUUCUUUCUCCAUCAUCGACUGGGUGUUGUCGGUCAGCAUGGUGUGUGAUGAGAAACUUCGAGUACGUCGAAUCCUCCGGCCGUUUUUCCUCCUGCAGAACUCCUCCAUGAUGAAAAAGACACUGAAGUGCAUCAAGAGGACUCUGCCAGAGAUUGCCAGUGUCAUCCUGCUGCUGGCGCUCCACCUCUGCCUCUUCACUAUGAUCGGCAUGCUGCUGUUUGCUAAAAGUGAGGAUCCAAAGAACAACGGGGAGUGGAAGUUACAUUUCAGGGACCUGCCCAAUUCUCUCACCUCUCUGCUGGUGCUGCUCACCACAGCCAACAACCCAGAUGUGAUGAUCCCUGCCUACUCCCUGAACAGAGCCUACUCCAUUUUCUUUAUCACCUUCAGUGUGAUUGGAACCUACUGCCUGAUGAACUUACUGACAGCCAUCAUCUAUAACCAGUUCAGGGGAUAUUUACUGCUGUCGGUCCAAACGUCCAUCAUCAGGAGACGACUGGGGAUCCGAGCUGCUUUCCAAGUCCUGAGCUGCCAGGGAGUCCAGCAGGCUGCUGAGGAGCAUGUGGCUGUUGAUCUGGUGCUGAAGGUGAUGUCCAGGGUCCAGAUGAAGAGCUACUACAGAGAGGCCAUCACUAAGGAGGCCCAUAAGUAUGCAGAUGUGGGCUACAUGGACCGAGAGCAGUUCAGGAAGAUAUUUGAUGAACUGGACAAAGAUUGCAUUAAGGAGCACCCUCCCUUGCCCCAGUACAGCUCUCCGGUCCUGCAGAGACUCCAGGUGGUCUUCAGUCACUACUUUCUCACUAUAGUUGGCAACGCGGUGGCCCUUGCCAAUGUCAUGUGCAUAUGUACCGUCCUGGUGCUGAAUGCUGAAAGGUCCACAACAGAGAGAGACAACUACACCAUCGAGAUCAUCAACCUGUGCUUCAUCCUCUACUACCUGUCUGAAAUGUCUGUGAAGAUCUUUGCCUUCGGCUUCAAAGGGUACCUGUCCUACAGUAACAACAUCUUUGACGGCUUCGUCACCAUCCUGCUCUUGGUCCUACAGAUCACUAUAUAUGUCACCUACAGGCUUCCUUAUUCUCACUGGGACCCUUCCACUCAAAGUGCAAUGUCUCUGUGGGAGAUGGUUCGUCUGAUCAACAUGCUGAUUGUGUUCCGCUUCCUGCGCAUCAUCCCUGAUAUCAAGCUCAUGGCUUUGGUUGCAAGUACACUGUUUGACCUGGUGAAAAACCUCAGAGCCUUUGCAGGGAUACUGAUGGUGGUGUACUAUGUGUUUGCUGUGAUUGGGAUCUGGCUGUUUGAGGGAGCCAUUAAACCGCCUUCAGAGAUGAGCGUGCUCUCCAAUUCUUCCAUGGAGAACAUCACCUCCAACUUCAGCAUGGAGUGUGGCACCUAUGAGCAGCUGGAAUACUGGCCAAACAACUUCAAUGACUUUGCUGCAGCCAUCAUUUUGCUGUACAAUGUCAUGAUAGUCAACAACUGGCAGGCCUUCAUGGAAGCUUACAGCAGAUACACCACUGAGUGGUCGAAGAUCUACUUUGUGUGUUGGUGGCUCACCUCCUCUGUCAUGUGGGUCAACUUGUUUGUGGCGGUCAUUUUAGAGAACUUCAUCUAUAAGUGGGACCGUAGUCACAGCUGCUCUGUUACAGACGUGGAGAGGAUCAGAUAUGAAACCUCUGUUCAGCUCAUGUUCAGAGAGCAGAUCCAGGAGCCAACUGAAGAGGAAUUACUGUGUCAAUUAAACCAACACCCCCACUUACACCUACACUGGUGACACACACACACACACACACACACACACACACACACACACACACUGAGCACCAGCACCUAAGAGUCAAGAGACUGCUACUAAUUUAGUCUAUUGUGUGGUAAAAGCACUGAUGUCAAUCAGUUUGUCAAUUUUACAGCAUUCUACUUCGAGUGUAUUUUAAAUUGUUUUAAUACUUAAUGAAUUACUUUUACUGAAAAUAGUAGAAAGCACAUGUUCUGAUUAUGUUCAUGGAUCAUGGAUCACUGCGAGCUGCAGUUUUAGUUGUACAGAGAUUUCUAAUUGGCAAGAGGCUUUGUGGAGGCAGAUGUUAUUUCUUGAGGUUGAACAGGAGUGGGUGGAGCCAAAGAACCACAAGUUGUGUGCCAAAUCCGUGCUGAAAUACUAUUCAGUAUCUAUUAAUGUCUUUAAGAAUUUAAUCAAACUGUUACUACAAAAAGCUCCAACCAAUUUUAAAUAUGGAAACUGCACUUCAAAUCAAACCCAAAUGUCAUGAGACCAGGAGUUUUCUAGAGUGAAAAAAACAAUGAAUUGACCUCAGUAAGAAGUAAAAUGAGGGGGGACACGGUUUGUUUCUCCAAAGAACUAACGAUACACUGUAACCAUAUACACAAGAAUAUUCAUUCUGUGUUUAUGAGGCAGAAACCUCCUGUUCUAAAAAGUGAAGCCAAUGCUGAAGUACCUUACAGAUGCAUUCUUUCUACUGAUCAUCAGGGGGCUCCUCCUCUGGUUGCAAAAAGAAGUGAGAUUGUAUAGAAGUCUAUGAGAAAAUAACUACUCCUCACUUGAUUUAUUACCUCAGUAAACAUUGUAAACAUGAGUUUAUGGUCUCAAUUUUAGUUCAAGAAUCUUCAACACAGCAUGAUACUCAGUUAGUAAAUGAUGGUCCAUUUACAGUAAAAUAGACCAUAAAGCAGGGUAUGCUUUAGGGCGGGGCUACCUUGUGAUUGACAGGUCGCUACCACCGUCUUGUCCCAUCUUGGAGUCUUGGAGUCU